AUGACAUGUAGGAGGAGGGGAGGGAGGGGAGAGGAGAAGAGAGGAGGGAGGAGAGAGGAGAAGAUAGGAGUGAGGACAGACGAGAAGAGAGGAGGGAGGAGAGAGGACAAGGAAUGGAGAGAAGGGAGAGGAGAGAAGAGAGGAGGGAGGAAAGGGUGGAGGUGGGAGGAGGAAAGGAGAGUGGGGAAGGGAGAGGGGAAGAGGGGAGGGAGGGGAGAGGAGAAGAGAGGAGGGAGGAAAGAGGAGCGCCAGGCUCUGAGUUUUCCAGAGGAGAGGGGGAGGGAACGCCAGAAGCGCAGGAGAAGGAAGAGGAGAAAAAGGAGGAGAGGGAGGUGGGCGGGGUCGGGAGCAGAAGGGAGGCAGGGGUCGGGGAGGAGCGGCUCCUCCUCCUCCAGGGAGGCGAGGGAGAGGCGAGCGGGGGGGAGGAGGGGGAGCCGGCCAGAGACCGGGGGCGGGCGGAGGGGGGGCAGGGCCGACGGGGUCCGGAGGCCGGGAGCAAGGCGGAUAGAGAGAUGGACGGGGGGGCUGGGGACAAAGCCCAGGCCUCCACCGCCCCCCCCCCGCCCAGCGCCGCGGCCCAGGGACGAGGAGGGAGGGGGAGAGGCGCCGCCCGCCACGGCGGCCCCCGGCAUGGAGCUCCUGGCGGCGCGGCUGAGGGAGGCCCGGGAGGAGGCGGACGGCCAGGCGCUGCUGGCCCAGGAGGUGCGCUCCAAGCUGGGGGAGCAGAGCAGGAGGGCCUGGGAGGCCGAGCAGAGGCUGGUGCUCCUGGAGGCCGAGCUGCAGAGGCUGAGGAAGGCCGCCGAGGGCCUGGGGGAGGCCCGCAGGAAGAUAGAGGUCCUGCAGGCGGAGGGGCUGUCCCUGGAGGAGGAGCUUUGCCGCCUGCGUAGCCACCAGGAGCUCCACUCCAUGCAGUCCACCGUCAUCGCCGGCCUGGAGGGGGAGAAGGCCUCUCUGGAGCGGGAGCGGGACGCGCUGCGGAGCUCCAUGGACGGCCUCCGCACCGCCCAGCGGAAGGGCGACCAAUUGCAGCUGACGAACCAAACCCUGAAGGCGGAACAGGAGCGGCUGGGGCGGAGCUUAGAGGCUUCUCGUCGGCGGGAGGCGGAGCUUGAGGCGGAGCUCCGCGAAGCCACCCUGGAGGCGGAGGGGCUGGCCCGGGGGCGGGACCAGGCGCUGCUGGAGGCCACGCGGUUGGAGCAGGAGAAGGAGGCGUGCGUGGCGGCGCUGGAGGGGGGGCAGAAGGAGGGACGGCAGCGGGAGCGCGAGGCGGCCCGGCUGAGGCAGCAGCUGGAGAGCACCACCCUGGCCCUGGAGCACGCCCACCAGAGGGCCCGGGGCCUGGACGCCGAGCACAGACGGCAGGCCCAGGAGCUGUCUCACUGCAGGGAGAGGUGCGCCGGCCUGCAGAGUUCAGAGGAGGAGCUGGCCGGGCGACUCCACACUCUGGAGGAGGAGCGGCAGCGGCUGGGCGAGCGGCACGCCGACGCCCAGAGCAGCAUCAGCGCGUUGUCCCAGGACCUCUCCGAUGAGCGAGACCGAUCCAGCGGUCUGACCAGUGAGAUCGAGCAGCUGAACCACAAACUAUCCAGGCUGGAGGGUGAACUGAGGACCGCCGGCGAGGCGCUGCGUCGCUCUGGGGAGAGAACAGAGGCCCCCCCUCGGUUGGUGGAGGGGAGUAAUCUGGGGGUCGCUCCAGAAGGAGGGCUGGCCGGCGGUGUGUUGGUGGGUGGUCCCUCAACAGGCUCAUCGGGUCUAGGUGAAGGUCUGCACGACCCAGAGAGUCUGAGCAUGGCUCCAGGCCAGGACGCGGCCCAAGGACGCGACCCUCACCCGACCCCCGGUGACCUUGAUGUGGAGACAGAGAAGCGGCAGGGCCGAGGGUCACCAGAGCUGCAGAGAGAGCAGGCCGUGCUGCUGGCGGAGAGAGAGGCCUUGUUGUUCAGGGCGACCCGGACCCAGGAGGCCUGCGACCGCGUCAGGGAGGAGCUGGAGGCCUCGAGGCGCCACACCCUCAGCCUGCAGGACUCCUGCACCAAGCUGCAGACGCUGCACACCCAGCUGCAGGUGGACCAUGGCACGCUCAGCUCCCAGCAUGCAUCAGUGCUGGCCCGCUGCAGCGACAGCGAGGCCCGGUGCGCCGCCCUGGAGGCGGAGUCCAAAGUGUGGGCCCGGGAGAGGGAGGAGUCCCGCGCCCGGACAGACGCCAUGCGGCGGGACCAGGAGCGAAUGGCAGCGCUGCAGCAGCGGCAGGAGGCGGAGCUUGAGGAGCUGCUGGACAAACACUCCCAGCUGAGGACGUCCAGCCGCAGCCUGGAGGGGGCGCACAGGGAGCUGGAGGCCAGGUACACGGAGCUGCUGGACGGCCGCGCACAGCUGGAAGAGCGGGAGAGGGAGAUGAGGAUGAGGGGGGAGCAGAUGGACACAGAGGAGCACAGGAGGGCAGAGAAAGAGCGGGAGCUGGAGAGGAUCACAGAAGACUAUGAAAGGCUGCAGGCCCAGCAGCGGGAGUGGCUGGCGGCCCAGGCUGAGCUGCUGGCCCAGGGCUCGGUGCUGAGUGGGGAGCUGAGGGCGGCUCUGCUGGAGAGGACCCGGCUGGAGGGGGAGGUCAGCACCCUGAGGGAGAGCAAUCAGAACCUGGACCUCUGCAACGUGCGGCUCACCAGCCAGUACCAGCUGCUGACCCAGCUGAAGGGGAACAUGGAGGAGGAGAACCGCCACUUGGCGGAGCAGAGCCAGAGUCUGCUGAAGGAGAACCACUCUCUACUGGAGCAGAGCCUUGAGCGCCGUGACCAGCAUCACACACAGCAGCGCGAGUACCAGGAGAAGCUGGGGGAGCUGCGCCGCGAGAAGCAGAAGCUGGUGGAGAAGAUCAUGGACCAGUACCGGGUCCUGGAGCCCACCGGGGCCUCCCCCGCCAGCAAGGCCAAGAAGUCCAACUGGAUCGCUGACAGGAUGAAGAAGCUGAUCAAGCCGCGGGCGGGGGGGGCGAGCCGGGAGGGCCGCGCCCUCUUCACCACGGGGGGGAGCGUGGAGAACCUGGCCCACCCGGCUGCAUACACACACACACUGCAGGAUGACCCCCUGAGCGCCCCCGUCUCCCCGUGCCCCAACAGGAGGGCCCCACUGGGGGAGACGGAGAUCUCGGCCCCCCGGUCCCCGGUGCUGCUCACCGGCCCCAUGGCGCGGCGGAAGCUGGGCUCGCGUCACGGCUGGGGCCUGGGCCUGGCCCGGGCCGGCUCCCAGGGCCUGUCCCAGUCCUUCAGCCCCGGGGACCUCCGCCUCCGCACCGCCUCCGCCCCGCCGGCCGCCGCCAGUGUGUCCUGGGAGCCCAGGAGGCCCCCCCGCGUCCCCUCUGUGACCCGCAGCCAGGGGGGAGUCGAGGAGGAGGAGGGGGAGGAGGAGAAGGAGGGGGAGGAGGAGAAGGAGGGGGAGGAGGGAGGGAUGGGUGAGAGAGAGAACGGCGUAGAGGAGUGAAGGGGAGACAGUUAAAUGUGAGUAGAGGUGUAUAGCCCGUGUUUUUCUGUGUGUGUCAGUGUGCGUGUGCGUGUGUGUGUGCGUGCAGGGCGUGCGUGCGUGUUUGCGUGUGUUUGUGUAGAAGAUGCUAAGUGUGUUGCAUGCGCAGCACGUAGAGCAGUAAUAUAAACUGAUGAACAAGGUGGAGUCUGGGAGAAACUCUGUUAAGUGCACCCAGCGAGAGCGCUCAGAACAUCCUGUGCAUUACAACGUUUCCCCAACACAUCAGCCAAACAUCUCCUGUCUGCGGAGAGGCUGAGCAACACGUGGAAAUACUUGAAUGAAUAUUGACCUGGGUCAACGCACGGCUUCUGCACCACUUUAAGAAACAUAACACCUCCUCGUAGACAGCGGCACGCGCCUCACUAUAGAGAACCAGAGCGCUGUAUCGAGGUCUGUGUGUGUGUGUGUGUGUGUGUGCGUGCGUGCGUGCGUGCGUGCGUGAGAGAGAGAGAUAGAGACACAGACAGACAAACAGACAGGCAGACAGACAGACAGACAGACAGACAGACAGACAGACAGACAGACAGACAGACAGACAGAGAGAGAGAGAUUCAAACUACUAGAGGCAAAACAUGAAGUAUCAGCAAUUUUAAUCUACACCUCAGGGGAACAGAACAAAAUAUUUACCAGAUUAAAAGAGCUGUGCGGAUAUACUCAAAGAAAUACAGACAUCAGAUUGUUUUUGAAAGAUUUAAAAGCCCUCUGUCUCACCCCGUUUUAAAUCGACAUCUGUAUUACAGAGAAGGAUCCAGGGUUGCAGUUAACGUCAACUCUAGUGUUGUUGUUCUUUGGAUUGUCUUCUAUCCUGAAGAUAACGUGUCACAUUGAAAGCUUGAAAGGCUGCAUUAAACAUUCUAAAAACAA